AGUGGAAGGCGGUAAAAAUUACACACUGAGGGUCGGCGACUACGACGCCGGGAGCAGCUCUGCCGCCGAUUCCCUCAACUACCACGACGGCAUGCAGUUCUCGACAAUCGAUCGCGAUCGUGAUUUGAAACAUGAUGCGAGCUGUUCGCGAACGCGAGGUGGCGGAGGCUGGUGGUACAACAGCUGCUAUAAAGCGAACCCUACAGGCGUGUGGGCCGGCGACAGACCUGCCGAGGAGACCACUGGAGAGUUCUUGGUCUGGAAUGUUGUCAACCAGAAGCACGUCACUCAACUCGCCCUCAUGAUCAGACCAAAGGAUUAAUAUGUGCAAUAUGCUAGAUCAUGUAGAACGUGCGCAAGGACAUGUAGGGCAGGCUCUAGGACAUGCAGAAAGUGCUCUAGGACAUGUAGGGCAUGCUCUAGGACAUGCAAAACAUGCUCCAAAAUAUUUUUAACAUACUCUAAGACAUGUAGGACAUGAUUUAGGGCAUCCAAGAAAUUCACUAAGAUAGGUCAGACAUGCUUCAGACAUGCGGGAAAUUCUCUAGCACAAAUAAGACAUACUUUUGAACUCUUGUGACAUGCUCUAGGACAUGUAGGAAAUUUAGGAUAUGCAGGACAUUUGUGACAUCUUUUAGAAUAUG